ACGGGGCAAGAGCUGACUGCUAAAUUUUUAGGAAUUUUUACAAGCCCAUCGUUAAACUGUUGGUAGCUUGAAAUAGGCCAUGGUGGGAGUAUUUAUGUGAAUUGCUAGCUUCACCAGCAUAACAUUUCUCAAGAACUAUGAAGAAUAGUCCUUAAGAAUUGUUGAACAAGCAUUUAAAAACUUUCCAAAUAAUUCAGGGUAAGUUCCAAAAAACAAGUAUGCCCAUGUGUAGGUCUAGCCAGUCCAGCCAAGGCUGAAGGCAUAUACCCUGACAGCACUUAUUUUGAGGGGGUGACUUAAAAGCAAAAGCUACCUUGACGUAAAGAAGCCUUGAGUUCUUAUCUAGGAUGUCCAGGUCACUCCAGGGAUUCUCUGGGGGAAUAAGAUGGUACCUGGAUUCUGGAGAUGCUGAUAUCACAUGGUCAGAGGAAAUCAACAUGUCUAGGUGGUGAGUUGGGGGAACUGGGAAGGAUUAUCUUUGGAAGCAGGGAUUGGGUGAUUGCCUGGCUAUGCACCUCUGGGUCAAGAAAUAAAAUAAGAGAGGUUGCUAUAUUUUAAACGCAGAGCAAAAUGUUUUGUGUUAAUCUUAAAUGUAUUGUGUUUAUUGCAUGAGACUGAUUUCUUGCUCAGCAAGUGUUUGCCUGUUGUCCUUCAAGAGCCCGCCCUCGGAGAGCUUGUAAUCUAAAAGGGCAGAUGACACCUGCAGAAGUCUGGAAUAGGAGGGUCUCUCCUCCAUGAGUUGAAUUUGCUACCUUUUUAGAAUGAAAAUAUAAAUAACAACGGGUAAUGGGCCAGAUGAGUGAAAGGAGAACCUGGAUUCAGAGGUUCCUGUUUGUGUCUCUGCAGCCACUUGAGAACGCACACUUUUGGUUUGUGCUGAGCCUGACUUAGAGCUGCAAGGCGUCUCUCCAGUCAGCCCUGGCGCUGCUUGCUGUGGUUUAAUUUCCUGCAGUCCUUCUGGAUGGUGAGGCCACAAUCGCAGACCUCUCAACCUCUGCAGGGGCACAUGAGGCAGUCUCGGGGGUGCCGGUGUCCUUUCUGUAGAGUAGAAAUUCUGCUAGGUCCUCAGAGAAAAGAGGAAGAAGAUGUGCUCUUAGUGAAAGAAUUGAAAAGUUGAGAGCAGCAUGUUUUCCUCACUGAAACUCGUGCUAGUGCCAGUGUUACUGGGUUACUUCUUGGGCCCAAAUGACUUGACUGUCUCCUCCCUUGAGCUAACAGUGCACGUGGGUGAUUCAGCCCUGAUGGGAUGUGUUUUCCAGAGCACAGAAGAGAAACGUGUGACCAAGGUAGACUGGAUGUUCUCAGGAGAGCACGUCAAGGAUGAUUAUGUGUUAUACUACUACGCCAACCUCAGCGUGCCUGUGGGACGCUUCCAGAACCGUGCGCGCUUGGUGGGGGACGUCGCACACAAGGACGGUUCUCUCCUGCUCCAAGAUGUGCAAGAGGCUGACCAAGGAACCUACACGUGCGCGAUGCGCCUUGAAAGGGAGAGCCUUGUGUUUCAAAAGGCCGUGGUCCUGUACGUGCUGCCCGAGGGGCCCAAAGAGCUCAUGGUCCCGGUGGGUGACUCGAUUCGGCUGGGAUGUGUUCUCCAGAGCACCCAUGAGAGACGCACGACCAGGGUGGACUGGGUGUUUGCACCCGGAAAGCGCUCCAAGGAGGAGAUUGUGUUACGCUCUUUCCCCAAACUCAGUGUACCUGUGGGGUACUCCCAGAGCUGGGGCCGCUUCCAGAACCGUGUCACCUUGGUGGGGAACAUUUCCCGCAACGAUGGGUCCAUCAUGCUCCAAGGAGUGAAGGAGCCUGAUGGAGGAAACUACACCUGCAGUAUCCACCUGGGCAGCCUGACCUUCAGGAAGACCAUCAUGUUGCACGUGAUCCCGAAAGAGCCCCUAACAUUGGCGACCCCCGGAGCCCUCAGACCUGAGAUCCUGGGCAAUAAUCAGCUGGUGAUCAUCGUGGGGAUUGUCUGCACCACUGUCCUGCUGCUUUCUGUUCUGAUACUGGUCAUGAGGAAGACCCAUGGGAAUAAGAGUUCAGUACCUUCCACAGCCCUGGUGAAAAGCCUGGAGAACACAAAGAAGGCUCAUCCAGAGAAACAUAUUUACUCCUCAAUAACUACACGGGAGCUGAUCGAGGAAGAGGAAUCGAUUGGAAAGUCAGAGGCCACCUACAUGACCAUGCACCCAGUCUGGCCUUCUCUGAGGUCAGCACCAAAUAACCUCCUUGAAAAAAAGCCAGCUGGACGAAUGCCAAAAACAGAGCAUGAAGGGAAGAAAGGGGAGGCUCUUUGUCCAUAGCACAGCGGAUGCUGUCCUCGGUGCGCUGAGUCGUGCACCGGCUAUAUCAGACCCCUUGCCCUCCCAGUUGUCCUCCCGCCCCAUUGCUUGGUCAGAGGGCUGAAGAUGAAGGUUCAGAGCCUGGCAGGAAGACGGGACAGUUCUGGAGGUUCAGGCUCUGGUGUGGGGCACACGGGUUUGCUCCUUCUGGAGUGGUUGCUGGUGUUGGGGUCCUGGCUGAGCUGCCCCAGUGACCCCAAACACCCCAUCCGAUCAGACCCUCUGCUUGGGUGGUGUUCUUUGUGGAUGAGUUACUGGAAAGAAUCACAGAAAAGAAAACCAGCCGAAUGACUUGGACAAAUUAUCCCCAAAUAAAUGUGGUUUGUGGAAGGCA